AUGGUGAACCCACUAAGAACAUCACCCCAUACCACCAGAAUCGCUGGGCAUCGGGGCCACAGUUCUGGUGCGCCGGAGAACACUCUGUCGGCUUUUCGCAAAGCGCGCGAGAUCGGUGGAAAAGGUGUCACCUGCGAGACUGACCUCGGUAUCACGAAAGACAGACAGAUGGUCCUGAUCCACGAUGAGACUGUUGAUCGCACGACCGACGGUCACGGUCUCGUGCGCAAUAUGGACUAUUUGGAAAUUGUCAAUCUCGAUGCCGGUUCCUGGCACAGCGAGGCUUUCGCGAAAGAACGCAUCCCCCUGCUGAGAGACGCUCUGCUACUCGCGCGAGAACUGGACAUCGUCUAUCAGCUCGAGCUCAAGAUCUACAAUCGUAACGACGAGAUAUUUUCCCUGCUACGGAGCCUGAUUGACGAGCUCAACUGCGCUGAUUUGAUGCAGUUCUCAUCCUUUGACUUUGCCCAACUCCGUGAGAUCAAGAAGGUGAUACCCGAAGUGCCGACCGUGGCUUUGUCGCAUUCACGCUUGAUUGACCCGGUUGCGGUGGCGCGAGAAGCGAAUGUGGAUGCCAUGAAUCUCGAGAUCCAGCACUUUCCCAGUGGAGAAGCUCGACAACUUCACGACGGUGGAAUCGCCGUGUUCCUCCACGUGCCAGCUCCCCCUCGUCUAGCAAAUCUCAAAGCUCACGGCGUGGAUGUUGAAGCUCAAGUGGCGGAAUGGGUUCGUGAAGGACUGCUAGAUCAGCUCAUAAGCGAUGACGUGGAGCAGGUGGUCAGAAUCAUCGGUGAGGGGCGGAGGUGA